AGGAAAUUUGGGGUGGAAGGAAGGGGGGGGGCUUCCUCCAGAGCAGAAGCAGCUCCCCGCUUUGCAGAGGAAGGAGCCUCUGCGUAUCCCCACCGCGUGCUGCAUCCGCCGCUCCUCCUGCAACCCGGCAAAAGAGGUCCCCGAUCUAAGAUACCACCACAAAAUUGCAGUGUUAGAAGAGACCCUGAGGAUGAUUCAUUUGGUCCAGCCCCUUGCCAUGCAGGAAUCUUUUUGUGCACCAUGGGGGCUGGAACCCUGAUAUUUAGAGCCUCUUGCUCUACCAGGCCUGCGGGGCAGAGUUGCUCAAUGAGAGCAGAUUGUCAUACAAUCACAGAAUUGUAGAGUCGGAAGGGACCUCUGCGGAGCAUCUAGUCCAACCCCGUUUAAUGCAGCUCUCCCAUAUGGGGAUCGAACCCGCAUCCUUGGUGUUAUCAGCACCACGCUCUCCCCAACUUUGCUAUCCACGCUGAUGGUUCUCAAUUCCCUGUUUCCCAGGUGGGCUUCCUGGCUUUGUAGCGCAUGUGCGCAUUCGGAUGUGAGGGGAUCUUCAAAACACUGCUCUGCUAAAAAUUGGCAGCCUUUUCGUCCGAGGAGUCGAUUACGCAAGAACCCAAGUGAAAAAGAUGGAGAGAUAAGAGAUGGAAGAACAAGACUCUGCCGCCCUCGAAGAAGGAAGACAGCCUGAUAGCAUCAUGACUGGGAGCACUGGGGAAAUUUGGGUUGGAAGCAGACACAAGACAUUGAGGGAGAACAUCCAUGGCUUAGAUGUGCACUGCCAACAGUUUAGGCACUUCCAGUACCAGGAGGCCAUGGGACCACGGGAUAUUUGCAGCCGACUCCACCAUCUCUGCCGUCAGUGGCUGAAGCCAGAGAGACACACCAAGACUCAGAUCCUGGAUUUAGUGAUCCUGGAGCAGUUCCUGGCUGUCCUCCCCCCGGAGAUGGAGAACUGGGUCAGGGAAUGCGGAGCGGAGACCAGUUCCCAGGCGGUGGCCCUGGCCGAAGGUUUCCUCCUGAGUCGGGCAGAGGUCAAGAAGCAGGCAGAGCAGCAGGUAAAGGGUCUGUUUGCUGAAAUGGGAGGUGAUUCCCCUGCGACAGAGACGACUCCAUCAGACCCCAGACAGAAGCAGUUGGGCCAGGGAAUGAAGCGGCCAAGACAUCCUCAUUCAUUUCCUCUUUGUGGCGGAGCAGAAGGAGCCGCUGUGGAAUCGGAUCAGGGUCCAGUGUCCUUUGAGGAUGUGGCUGUACAUUUCACAGAAGAAGAGUGGGCUGUGUUGGAUCCUGACCAGAGAGCUCUGCACAAGGAAGUCAUGGAGGAAAAUAGAGGCAUCGUGGCCUUUCUGGGUGACAAAUCGAAAACCAAUAAUAAAGGAAAACGAGUUGGAAAAGAGUCACUGGAAAGAUGCACAAAGAAUGAAAAGGAGAGAAGGAAAAGUGAAGCAGAGAAGAUGGGAAGGAAUACACCCCCAGCCUCUCAGGGUAGUAACUGCAAUGAAAUUGCAGUCAAAGGAAAAACAGAUAUAAGGAACAAAAAGAAGUGUCGGGAUUAUUGGAAAAGUUUCGGUUCUAAAAGAAAAUGUAAAGCACAUUGCCAAAACUGCAAAGGGGAGAAACCAUAUAAAUGCUUUGAGUGUGGAAAGAGCUUCACGAGAAACUCCACACUCAUUUUCCAUCGUGGAAUUCAUAGUGGAGCGAAACCAUAUAAAUGCUUGGAAUGUGGAAAGAGCAUUAGCUGCAAGCAUGGACUCAGUUAUCAUCAAAGAAUUCACACAGGGGAGAAACCGUAUCAAUGUAUGGAAUGUGGAAAAAGCUUCACUCGGAAGAUAUAUCUUACUAAUCACCAAAUGGUUCACACAGGGGAGAAGUCUUAUAAGUGCCUGGAAUGUGGAAAAGGCUUCGCUCAGAGCUCCAAGCUCACUUCCCAACAGAGAAUUCACAUUGGGGAGAAACCAUAUAAAUGCCUGGAGUGUGGAAAGGGCUUCAGCUGCAAAAAGAGCGUCACUUACCAUCAAAGAAUUCACACAGGAGAGAAACCAUAUAAAUGCUUAGAAUGUGAAAAGAGCUUCAUGCAUAAGGCAAGCCUCACUUUUCAUCAGAGAACUCACACAGGGGAGAAACCAUAUAAAUGCUUGAAUUGUGGGAAAAGCUUCACCCAUAAGACAAGUCUCACUUUUCAUCAGAGAACUCACACAGGGGAGAAACCAUUUGAAUGCUUGGAAUGUGGAAAGAGCUUCGCUCGCAGUGGUGAGCUUUCUUCCCAUCAGAGAAUUCAUACAGGGGAGAAACCAUUUGAAUGCUUGGAAUGUGGAAAGAGCUUCCGUCACAGUUCUAGCCUUUCUUCCCAUCAGAGAAUUCAUACAGGGGAAAAGCCACAUAAAUGCUUGGAGUGUGGAAAGAGCUUCACUCGGAAGGUACAUCUUACUAAUCAUCAGAGAAUCCACACUGGGGAGAAACCAUAUAAAUGCUUGGAAUGUGGGAGCAGCUUUAUUUCCAAACACAGGCUCACUUCCCAUGGAAGAAUUCACACACAGGACUUACCAUAUAAGUGCAUGGAAUGUGGGAAGAGCUUCAUCUUGAAGCAAAGUCUCACCUCCCAUCUGAGAAUUCACAGUGGGGAGAAGCCAUACAAAUGCUUCCAAUGUGGAAAGAGCUUCGGUGGGAAGGCCCACCUUAGUUCUCAUGAAAGAAUUCACACAGGGGAGAAACCAUAUAAAUGUUCUGAGUGUGGAAAGGGCUUCAAAGACGGUUCUAGCCUUCUCUUCCAUCAAACAAUUCACACCGGGGAGAAACCGUACAAAUGCUUGGUGUGUGGAAAGGGGUUCAGAGACAAAUCUCACCUUACGAAACAUAAAAGAAUUCACACAGGGGAGAAGCCAUAUCAAUGCUUAGAAUGUGGAAGGAACUUCAGCUGCAAGAAAAGUAUCUGUAAUCACCAAAGAAUUCACAUAGGUAAGAAACUAUAAAAAAAAAUGUUUGGAAAGAGCUUCAGGAGACUCACACGUUUUUGUUGUCAUCAGUGGAUUCACAAAGGGCGAAACCAUAUUAAUGUUUGAAUAUAGAAUGAGGUUCAGAAAGAAGAUACAACUCACUUCUCAAAAGGAUUCACACAAAGGAUCAUUUAUGUAAAUACUUAAAAAGGUGUGGCCUUUACAUUGCCACAGAAGAGACGUCUCACUGAUCAUCAAAGAAUUCACAAUGGAGAGAGACUGUAUAAAUGAUUAGAUUAUGGAAAGGACUUCAUCUGCAAAAAAGGUUUCACUUCCCAUCAGAGAAUUCAUACAAGGGGGAAAGUACAGUGGUUCCUCAGGUUAAGAACUUAAUUCGGUCCGGAGGUCCGUUCUUAACCUGAACCUGUUCUUAACCUGAAGCACCACUUUAGCUAAUGGGGC